CGCGUAAAGUGACGCAUGCACAUCGCUUGUCAGUUUGUGUCAGCGAGUUCGGGCUCGAGCAGUUGUCAGUCGCGCGGCGGUGGAGACGCACAUUAGUGUUCGUGUUUUGUAUAUUGAAGCUACACACGCAGCCAACAUGACCCCUGACCAGAUAUGGCAAAAGAUGGACAACGAUGGCUUCGUGGUCUUAAAAGACUUCCUGACUCCAUCAGAAUGCGACGAUAUGGUUAAAGCUGGAGUAGAUUUCACUAAGAACUUGCCUCCUAAAGAACAAAGGAUUGUCUUCACUACUGUUGACGCUGAAAAAAAGCAAUUACAAGAUGAGUACUUUCUGAAUAGCAAUGACAGCAUCCGCUGUUUCUUCGAAGAUGCUGCGGUCGGGCCUGAUGGCGAAUUGACUGUAGAUCCCAGUAUAUCGUUAAACAAAGUUGGACACGCCUUGCACUAUCAGCACCCAAUCUUCAGGCGCUACACAUACAGUGAUCGCGUGAAGGAUGUUGCCAAAGCUCUUGGCUUUAAAGAACCGGCGGUGGUACAGUCCAUGUACAUCUACAAGAACCCUGGUAUUGGGGGCGAAGUAAUUCCUCACCAAGACAUCACGUACCUGCACACGGCUCCUGUGUCGCCAAUGGGUUUCUGGAUAGCCUUGGAAGACGCUACCGUGGAGAAUGGAUGUCUCUGGAUGGUCCCAGGGUCUCACAAGUCCGGGGUUCAUAGACGCCUUACUAGAAACCUAAAUACCGAUAGUAAAGAGAAACUGGUAUACGACAGACCAGCUCCUGACUAUCCUGAGUCCAGUUUUGUCCCAGUUCCAGUCAGUAAAGGUACUUGUAUACUUCUCCACGGUAACGUGGUACACAGGAGCGCACACAACCACUCCGGCUGCGGACGGCCGGCGUACACGUUCCACAUCAUAGAGAAGCAAGACAACCAGUACUCCGCGGACAACUGGCUGCAGGAGGGGGCGCGGGCACCCUUCACCAACCUCUACACCACCUCGCAGCUCAUGUAGACUAUUGUACACGAAGCUGGGGCUAAAGAUAUGACUAAAGCUUAUUGCGAAUUGCA